GAUUUCCACGGCUGCGAUGGAGCUGCCGGCCUUGCAUGAAUCCGAGCCGUCCUUGCAGCUGAAUUUGGUCCCGUGCUCACCUGGCACCUGCUCCCAAGUCCCAGGGACUCAAGUCAUGGCGCCGCCGCCGUCCCCAAUCGAAGUCGCCGCUGUCCGCUGCACCUGCCCUUUAUUCCCCGGAUCCCCGACCUGUCCAUUCACCACUUCUGCUUGCCUUGCAUUUUCUCUUAAUGCACUCCUCCUCAGCGACGACUCUACCUCGCUUGAAUUCCCCAUGGUGAUGCAGCUUCAUCCACCGACGGCGUCGCGAUAGCUCACCUCCGACCCGAAUCCUGUUUUCCCGAGAGGGCAACGCACCUUCUGACGACGCCAUGACGACCAUGUCCAUCUUCCAGUCGCAACGACGCUUGGUCGUCUUCGCUUCCACCGCCUUCUUUGUCGUGAGCGUCUACCUCUGCACUACACGACUAUUGGCCAUGGAUUUCAACCGCGAGUCCGUCUCCUCAAGUUACGAGGACGUCGAAGCCGAGCUCUCCAAGGCCGAUCUCCCCAUGUCUAGCGGCUCCUACAACCGGCCACCGUUCAAGGGCAUUACCGUCUUGGCCGCGCUUCCCGACGAGUAUGUCCCUACCACGGAGAAUCAGAGGAGGAUGAUCGUGAUCGGAGACGUCCACGGCAUGAUCGACCCGCUCAACACCCUCCUCAAAGAGACCGGGUUCGACAGCACAAAAGACCACAUCGUGUCAGUAGGCGACAUGGUCAACAAGGGUCCCGAUUCUGCCGGCGUCGUCAAACGCCUCAUGGACCUUAACGCCAGCGCCGUCCGCGGGAACCACGAAGACCGCGUGCUAUUGGCGUGGGCAGGCUAUAAUACUAUGGAAGGUGUCGCGGCCGACUUGGCAACGAAAGACACAGAGGUGCCUGGAGGCGAGUCCAGCGAUCUGAAAACAGCACGGAGCCUUUCGUCAGAGCAGCUGGACUGGCUCAAGAGCCUACCCGUCAUCCUCACCGUUGACCCGCUCAACCUGUACAUUGUCCACGCAGGGCUUGUCCCGGGGAUCGAACUUGAGCGGCAAGUCCCCUGGGCCGUAAUGAACAUGCGAACGCUCACCUACCCUACCGAGGAUUUCCGCAGAAAGGAAGUAGAGAAGAAGAAGGAAGAGGAGCGAAAGAAGCAAGAAGAGGAAGAAAAGAACAAGAACUCCCGUCGCGACGAGGCCGAGCCUGACGCCGCCACCGAAGACAUUGUCAUCGAGAAAACCAUACCCGACCACGACGUCUGGAUCCCCAUCGACAGCCACGACGGCGACGAGUGGACCGACCUCUGGAACCGCGAGCAGAAGCGCGUCCCCAAGUCCCAUCGCCGCACCAUCGUCUACGGCCACGACUCCAAGUGCGGCUACAAGGAGGAUUCCUACACCUUCGGCCUCGACUCCGGGUGCGUGAAAGGAGGUGCUCUGUCCAUCAUCCAGGCGGUCGAAGGGGGUUGGACGCACACCACCGUGCAGGUGCCGUGUGAAGAGUCGUGAGCUUGGCGGGGGUGUGAGUAGAGCUGGAUAGACAGACAGCGCAUUGUAUGGGCUACGACGGAUUUUCGGG